AUGGCCUCCGCGAAACGAAAAGUCGCCGAAGACUCCAGCUCCGACACCAAAACCAUCAGCUUCACCGCGCGCAAUCCUCCCUGGACCUACCUCAAGCUCCAACUAAUUCACCAACCAAACACCUCCGACGCCACGAAAUCCGCCCCCCUCGACCCCCUCACAGCCCGCAGCCACCUCUCCUCCGCGCUCUCCCAAUUCCUCGGUCUCUCCGGCACCUCAAUCCCCAUCGACAUCCUCUCCGUAUCCCCCGACCCAGACUCAACGCAAUCGCAACCGCAACCGCGGCCCCUCGAGAAAUUCAUCUGGGUCCGCGUACCGAGGCAGGAUGCGCCUGCCGUUGUCGCAGCCCUGAGUUCUUGGAUCGGGGGCACGGCGGAAGAGGAUGCUGGCGGGAGUGUCGCGUUGAGAAUCUGCGCGAAGGGUAACUUUUUGAGUCCGCUAGUGAGAGGCGACGGGGCGGAUUUGUUCAAGGUGUAG